AUGCUGCGACGAGCCGAAGCCGAUCGGGAUGAGUCGGAAGAAGACCAUCUAUCUGCAGAUCGAUUGCCCCAGGAUGCAAGCAAACUCGGCGUCGGCGGCUACACUUCGCUUUCCUCCAUGCUCGGGGCCAUGUCCUCUUUCUUUGGGCUGGACAAAAACGGCUUAGCCACGAAGCAGGAAGACUCGAAAGAAGAGUCGGAUGGGAAGGCCAUGCGCAAGGUGGCCUUUGCCGAGGGGGAUGUUGUGGAUGUUUGGAACUACGAUGCCAGUGCUUGGGAUGUCGGUGCUGUUGUGAGCCAAGUGCUCCAUGAGCCACUAUCGCUGGGUGGUUCGAGUCUUCCAGCUGGAUCGAUCCUGAUCUCCCUCAACGGUGCGCUGAGGUGGCUCACCCCGGAUUUGAUCAGCUUGGUCGUUCGACGUUCGGAUGGUGUGCAAGCGGCUGCCUCCUGUGAUUCGGAUGGCUCAACUCCUAAGCAGAUCGUGGACACUGCUUCCACUGAUGCAUCGCAGCCGGAUGACGAAGACUUGGUGCACAAGUCACUGUCAACAUCGACAGCGGCAAGCGGAAGACAGCCAGAUGUCGCAGCAGAUGCUCCACCGGCCAGUCCUGUGAAUGCCAGUGGUCCAAAGCCCUCGCCCUCGCAGAGUGGCGAUGCCGACUUGGAUGAGGACCAAACCCAAACUCCCGUGACUCCAGCCACAAGCACAGGCUCGCAAGCCUCUGUGAAGGCUGGGCUUUUGCCCACUCCACAGGCCACCGUGAUCGCAACCCUCAAGGUUCCGGAUGCCAUGGGCCCAAGCACUGAAUUCGACGGCACGCCGGUCUCCAGCCGACACAGCUCCCCACCAGCUAGUCCGAGAACAAAGGACCAUAAGCCUACUCUCGAGGCGCCACCGGACUAUGAACGGAGCAAGCAGCGUGUCCUUGUCGUUGGCCCUGGUUUCGGUCGUGAGCUGAAUCCGCAGCAAGGCCAACUUCUGGAAUCAGCGGGCUUCCAGGUACGUUGGGUCUUCGACUUGCCGAAUCCGGAGUCGCCUUCCUUUCCGAUCCUGCAUUACUUGCCGGUGCUCAAGCAAGCCAUUGACGAGUUCGCUCCGCACUUGCUCGUUUGCGCCUCCAAAGGUGGCGCCUACGUCACUGCGGUCUGGCAGGCAGGUCUUUGGACCGGACCGACCUUAAUCAUCAACAGGCAUCCUACAUUGACCAGUCUACCCAAAGGCAGCAGAGUAGUAUUGGCACACGGCUCCAAUGAUGAAUAUUAUCAGUACAGAAGAGAAGACCUUGAAGCGCUGAUGCGCUCAGGAUCCAGCAACACCUGCUUCUUGUACUACACUGCAAACAGUGGAGUUCUUGGACGAGGGCAUACUCGCCUAGGCGACAAGCACAACAUGGAGUCGUUGAAGCUCUGGGACACCCUGCCCCGUCUUUGUGACGCUGCCAUGGCUCCAGAGUGCCCCGAGCUGACUAUCAUGAGAUCCUGGCGAUCUAUGUUGGCACAGGAGCGACUGGAUGCAGAGGAGUGGCUUGGCUACGUACCUGGCCUGCGGACGCUGUGGCAGUCGGAGGACCAGAAAGGCAUGGAUGAUCAGAUACUGUUCGAGGUUAACAGCGACUCCGAAGAGUAUGAGAAGGUUGCCAGUAUCUUCAGGGCACAGCCUGCAGUAUCGCGAGCCUACGCAGACUCUCAGCCGCAGGUUUGA